UACUAGCUGCAACGCUGGCGCUUAUUACAUAAUCACAUUGUCAGUGACUCCCAACGUUGUAGCAGUCAUGAUAUGAUCAGAACAUCAGUCAAUAUCAUUUAAUGGCUGUUCAACAACCGGCAUGGCACCUACCUCCUCGUCAACUUGACCAACCUGUUCUGAAGAUCUUCAAUUCGUUAACCAAGACCAAAACGGAAUUUAUACCCAGCGAUGGGUCCCAUGUCAAAUGGUAUAACUGUGGUCCAACAGUCUACGAUGCCUCUCACAUGGGCCACGCAAGAAAUUAUGUUACACAAGACAUUUUGCGAAGGAUCAUGACAGACUACUUUGGUUAUGACGUGCACUUUGUCAUGAACGUCACUGACAUAGACGAUAAGAUCAUCGUUAGAGCGCGUCAAAAUUAUCUAUUUUCGCAAUUUAGAAACUCCGCAACUACGCUUUCUGCCACUCUACUCUCGCAAGUCAGUGAAGCAUGGGGAAGUUAUGUCAGGGAGAAGGUCUCCAAGGGUCUGCCGGAUGAAGAGAAACCUUCACAAGGGGAAGAAGAGACCCAAUGGCCAAUAAUUGCUGAGCUCACACAAGACAAAAACCGCAAACUCGAAUGCCUAAAGAGAGACGAGAAGUUUGACAUGCAUUUCACAGCCGCUAACCGGACCCUGACCGCUCUUGAAGCUGCAAGACACGCACUAUCCGCCAAUCAGAGCAGCGGUGACACAGCGCUCAGACUCAUUGACGAGUCUCGUGAUAUUCUCGCCUCCGCCCUGGACAAGAAACUCAAAGAUACUGUCACGGACCCGUCUGUAUUCCGGUCUCUUGCGGCAUACUGGGAGGGUCAAUUUUUCAAAGACAUGGAGCGGCUUCGUGUCCGUUACCCAGAUACCGUUACUCGUGUCACAGAAUACGUUCCGGAAGUGGUCGAAUUCGUUCAGGGUAUCAUCAAGAACGGUUAUGGCUACGAAUUCGAAGGCAGUGUCUACUUCGAUACAGGUGCAUUCGAUUCGUCUGAUCGGCACGACUACGCAAAGUUGGAACCCUGGAGUAAAGGAAACAGAGAAUUAUUGGCUGAAGGCGAAGGCGUGCUCUCGUCCACAUCCGGACAACGAUCUGCCUCCGAUUUCGCUCUCUGGAAGGCGUCAAAGCCUGGAGAACCUUCAUGGCCAUCAGCCUUGGGUGCUAUUUUUGGGGAUAGCAUGGACAUCCAUUCUGGUGGCAUAGACCUUGCAUUUCCACACCAUGACAACGAAAUAGCUCAAUCUGAGGCUUACCAUGAAUGCGGUGCAUGGGUCAACUACUUUAUCCAUACCGGUCACCUUCACAUCGAAGGGCUCAAAAUGAGCAAGUCGCUGAAAAACUUUAUCACGAUUGACGAGAUACUUCAGAGGUUCACGGCUCGGCAACUGCGACUUGCAUUCCUGUCGCAGCGAUGGAAUGCCAAGAUCGAUUUUUCUGAUUCGAUGAUGACGGGCGAAGUCAAGUCCCUCGAGGCAACGUUCAACAAUUUCUUCACAAAUGUAAGAGCGAUCGUAAGUCAAGCACACGCGCAUGAGGACCAGUCGGAUGGAGAGCACUGCUACAACGAAGCUGAGCGAGAAUUAAUGAAAAGUUUGUACGACAGCAAGUCAGCCUUCCGCGCAGCUCUCUGUGAUUCCUUUAAUACACCUGAAGCGCUCAAAGUCGUGCGUGACCUAGUUUCGCGCAUUAACAUCUACAUCAACAGCCCGGGGAGGAAGACCAAUGUCAGUCUAGUGGAGCAAUCCGCAAGGUGGAUCGGUGAGAUGCUCCGCAUGUUUGGACUAGGUGAAGGGCAGACAUCAGAGAUCGGCUGGGGGCAGGAAGACGAGGGCGCCGGUGGCGUGAACCGAGAAGAAACGCUGAUGCCAUACCUCCGAGUCCUGUCAUCAUUCAGAGACGGUGUUCGGCAAAUGGCUGUUGCUAAAAAUGACAAUGCUUUGAAGGAAAUACUCAAGCUCUGUGAUAAGCUGCGCGAUGACGAUCUUGUGUCUUUGGGCGUUGCGCUCGAUGACCAAGAAGAUGGCAAAGCUCUUGUCAAGCUUGUAUCCCCGGCGGAGCUCAUCAAGGCACGGGAAGAAAAGCGGCUGAAGUUGGACGCCCAAGCUGCAAAAAAGGCGGCUGCAGACGAAGAGGCACGACAGAAGCGUAUCGCAAAAAUUGAGAAGGGGCGAGUUCCUCCCGAAGAGAUGUUCCGGCCUCCAAACGUACCCGAGGGGACAUAUAGCCAAUGGGAUGAACACGGGCUUCCUACCGCCACCGGAAGUGGGGAAGAGCUUAGCAAAAACAAACAAAAGAACGUGCGGAAGGAUUGGGAUGCACAGAGGAAAUUGCAUGAGGUGUUUCUUGUGUGGUCGAAAGAGCAGGAAUCUGGUUCAGGGUCAUAGUCAUCGCAAUCGUCACUUCACUUGCUAUAUUACUAC